AUGGGCGCACUGACUCGCGACAUGGCUCCUUACAAAGGCAAAGACACUCUCUUGGACAACUGCAUCACAGUCAUACAGCUAGGCAACAAUGUGGCUGUGCACAUCCUUGAAUACAUGAGCGAUGUCGAGAAAUCCCGGCAUGGCUUCAAGGAGCUUUCCACUGACUUCGUGGAGUCAAGUCGAUAUCUGUUCUCAGCAAAGAAUGGUCUCACCGAGGCCGUGCGCUCACACACACAAUUCCCGCAACACACGGAUCGAGAGCUGCGAGAGAUCUUCCGCCAGUAUCACACCAUCAUCCUUGCCCUCAAGCAAAUGGUCAACAAGCUACUCGAAAAUGAGAGGUCCUCGGGCUUUGGCAAGCUCGGAAAGGGCUUCAGGAUGAUGUUUGCCGACUCCGACAUUGAGAAGAUGAGAUUAGCACUAGUUCAAUGUCGAGAGGCUGCGAAACGGAACACCAUGCUGUAUACCUGGGGUCUAUUAGAUGAUCCGAGUUCGACCUCGCCAGCAAUUGGAUUUACAGCACUUGCUGCUGUCCUGAACUGUCGCGACCCAACAUGUCCAGUCAUUCCAAGCUCAGUGCAAAAGCAUGAGAUGGUGCCAGACGCGACACCAGACAGAGGAUUCUUACCCCCCGAGCCAACUUUGCGAACUGUAACACACAAUCAGCCGACUACUUCACACUCUAACCUGCCAUACCGCGAUGCGUCUUUGCCUCAUCAUGGCGACCGGGAUCGUAAUGCCAGACCAUCAGCGACCACUACAUCCAGCAAGACUACAGUGUUGUCGUCCACGUUCAGUGCUCGCGGGGGAGCGAGAUCGUCUGAUACUAGUGGAGAAGCCACCACACCCUCUACAGAGCACUUUGAAGAUAAACUGGCCUCUCUUGAUCUCGAUGACUUGCCCAGACAGGCAAUUCGAGUGAAGGUAGAUCCAACGACAGUCACCCGUUGGAGACCCAAGCACAGCAAAGGCAGCGUACCUGUCGGCUCGAAAACUGCCCUACUCGUAGCCAUCCAGGACCAGAACGUGAAAAUGGUGGAACAUCUGCUCGAUUCUGGCGUCCCGCCAGAUCAUGGUAUCGAUUGCAACUUGCUGCGACUUGCUGUCCUCAACCACGACAUUGACUCGAUACGGCUUCUGCUAGCUUUCGGAGCUGAAUCGAAUGCCAAGGACAAGGACAACUACACACCCCUCUACACCGCGACCGAAGCCUCAGCUUUCGAUGCGGCUCAGCUCCUGCUCAAGUAUGGCGCUGACCCCAACAUCUCUGCUGGCAUGGACGACCAGAGUCCAUUUGCGCUGGCCAUGAUCGAGGACAAAGCACAUUUUGCCCACCUCUACCUCAAGCAUGGUGCGACUGCCGACUCGAUUCUGGGGAAUGGUAAUACGCCCUUCAUCCAGGCGAUGAACAGCAUCACACCAGUGCAGGUAGUUGGCCUUAUGCUGUUAUACGACACCGAUCCAAAUCACAAGAAUGACCAUGGAGAGACUGCACUAUUCAAGGCGAUAUCAGCAGGACGACUGGACCUUGUCAGUAUCUUGCUUGAUCAUGACGCCAAUCCAAAUCUCCCGGGACCAAAGCAUAUGCUUUGGCCUUCUGUGCACCACCCAGCCAUUCUCGACCUCAUUCUUAAACGGGGAGCAGAUCUCAGACGAGCACCUGGUGUGCUUGAGCUGGCGACCUCUACCAACUCGCAGGAAGUUGUUGGUAUCUUGCUUAAGCACGGCGCAGAUCCCAAUGCCAAGAAGGACGGCAUAUUCACGCCGCUGUGCACAGCCAUCCGAGACAAUCACGAAGCGCUAGUCGACACUCUGCUCAAAGCCGGUGCAGAUCCAAAUGAAAUGGCCUCGGAGUAUCCAGCGUUCAAGUGUGUCACGCACCACCGCGCGCAUCUACUUGGCAAAGUCCUUGAUGCUGGAGCCGAUGCAAAUAGUCCGAAGGGGAUCGUCGAGAUGGCAGUCGCACGGAAAAACACAGAUGCACUUUUGAUCCUGUUGGAAAGAGGUAUCGACGCCAAUGCACGCAAUCCCGCAGGUCACACGGCGCUUACCACGGCGAUCCGAGAAUGCGAUCUGCAAGCCAUCGAUAUUCUGCUUUCAUAUGGUGCAGACCCAGGGAUACGUGGCCAAGAAUGGCCCGUUACACUUGCUGUGCACUACCCAGAAAGUCUGGAGAAGCUUCUUCCUCACAUUGCGGUCAAUAGGAUACCGAAAGGAGCGCUCGAGAUUGCCGUACAAGCUGAUAAGCUGGAAAGUGUCAAGAUGCUGUUAGCCAAGGGUGUGGAUGUAGAGGAACGGAACGGAGGUGUGUUCAGCUCCCUCACAACCUCAAUCCGAGAGGACCGGAAAGAAAUCUUCCGCUUCCUGCUCGAUGAAGCUGGCGCAGACCCAAACCUACCCGGUGAACACUUACCGCUCAUCAAAGCCAUCCGCCGACACCGCGAAAACGACUUGAGCUACGUCAAACAUCUCAUCGCCCGUGGCGCUGACAUCAACCUUGUCUACCGAGGCUGGAACGCCGUGCUCCAAGCUCUCGAUAAAGGCGACACGCAAGUUUUGGACGUGCUAGCAGAAAUGGGCACACCGGACCUCAAUGCCAGGGACGAGGAUGGACAUACAGUGCUGGAGAUCCUGCAAGAGCGUGGCAUGAAAGAGGAGGAGAAGAUAUUGACUGCCAAGGGUGCGGUUGGAAGUCCCACGCCGAAAAUGAGGGAGGCCUUUGGACAUUUGCGUGGGAUUAUUGAAAACUGA